GUUUGUCGUGCGCUUGCCUGUACGGAACAGUUUGGAUGCUGUGAGUUCAGUCCCACGACUCCAUAAGAUUCAGCAUCAGUCUCGCUUUGGUUAGCGAUCGGAGCGGUUCUCUUCGUGAGAGGUUAACGUCAGUGGAUAUUUGGUUUUUUUUUACUCUAGUCAGACACAGAGUGCGUAAAGUUGUUGGGACAAUGAUUGUGAAUUUUGAAUAGACUGGGACUGUCUUUUACAAUAAUAAUUAAUAAAAGGAUAUUUCGUCGUCAAAUUUAAUGAACUUUAAUAAGUAUUGAGUCACCCGUCUUCGAUUGACGUCUAGACGUCUUCGAUUUGAAUUUCGUAAUUAUAAGGGUGAUGCUAACGUGAGUUUAAUGAAUUUGCCAAAGAGAAGCGAGCCCGUUUGAUUUAAAAGUGUGACGCAACUCACGAAAAUUGUACGGUGAUAAUUGUCGACUUUCAGUCGCACUAGAAAUUUUUUAUAAUCAGAAAAACCUGCACGCGAGUACGUGGUGCGGAAUAGAGGUGUGAAGAGCAAAGAAGGAGAAGAUAAAAGAAACGAGGAAAAUUGGGCGCCAAGCGAAAUGUAAUUUUCACCGUGUAAAACAUUUUCGCAUUCCGCGCGGAGUGUCGGUACGUGCUACGAAUAUCAAAAGCCGACAUGUUCGUGGUGGGUUGGCGACGAGGGAUCGUCGCGGACUGAAAACUAGACUGAAGGUGUGCUGUGAUGUUCACCGAAGAAUGUUGAAAAAGAGAAAAAUGGUCGUGAUCGCCCUGGCCUGCUUAUUCAUACCAGUCUAUCACGUACUGGCCGUAACAUCAGCACCGCCACCGCAGCCGAGAGUGGAACUGCCCCAGCAUUGCUCUUGGGAUUCUAAACAAGACGGAGCCCUGACCUGUAUAUUCCGGUUCCUGGUGGGAGAGCCGCAGGAUUCAAACGCCUCCCAGGUCCUUGGGGAACGCGUCACAGUCGUGAGUGUUCUAUGCGAAGAUCAGGAAUUGGAACCUAGUGCUUUGAAUCCCGAGGGAUUUUCCCAGCUUACCAGAUUACGAGCACUCAGUCUACUAGGAUGCAAACUGUCCAGGUGGCCGGCAAGGACUCUGCAGGGACUUCGGGAUUUGAGGAAUUUUACAGUCAGGUCUUACAAUAGGGAUAGAACAAGAUUUGGUCUUGAAAUAGAAAAGGGUACAUUUGACGCAACACCCUUGAUCGAAAAAGUUGAUUUGUCUACUAAUAAUAUCUGGACCAUUCCUGAAUAUUUGUUUUGCCCAUUAACCAAUCUCGUCAAUCUCAACGUGUCCUGGAAUAUGAUUAAGGAUCCGACUGAACUAGGUUUCAGUGAUGUUCCUGAAGAAAUAACAACUCAAGAAGGGACACUAGCACCCUUUCCGUGCUCCUUGGACAUUCAAAUCCUCGAUCUCUCCUGGAAUCAGAUCAGUGUGUUGCCAGCCUACGGGUUCUCGUCCUUGAAGCGAUUGAGAGUACUGAAUCUAUCAGGAAAUGUGAUUUCAAUGGUGGCCGAUAAGGCAAUUCACGCGCUGCGGUCUCUCGAGGUUUUUGAUCUCUCAAGUAAUAGAGUAGUUGCCCUACCGGCUGAACUCUUUCGCGACUCGAGCAAGUCCUUGAAGGAGUUACGAUUAGAGAACAACUCCAUUAGUGUCCUAUCGCCAGGACUAGUGUCCGGCCUUAACCAGCUUGUCACGCUGGAUCUCUCCAGGAAUUUGCUGACCAGUGCUUGGCUGAAUGCCGCCACGUUCGCCGGACUCAUCAGACUAGUUCUUCUCGAUCUAUCUCACAACAGGAUCGCCAGAUUGGAUACAGCACUUUUCAAGGAUCUUUACACACUUCAGAUAUUGAAUCUACAGUACAACGAAUUGGAGACUAUACCGGCAGAUGCAUUUUCACCAAUGAGUAAUCUUCAUACUCUAGAGCUAUCUCAUAAUAGACUUACCUAUUUGGAUGCAUAUUCUCUAAACGGACUUUUCGCCCUGUCACUGCUGGCUCUGGAUUCCAAUCUCCUCGAGGGAGUGCAUCCUGACGCUUUUCGAAAUUGUUCCAGCAUGCUGGACCUCAAUCUUUCCGAAAAUGACCUUGACAGCGUGCCCGUGGCUCUGAAGGAUAUGAGGAUGCUGCGAACAGUAGAUUUGGGUGAGAACCGAAUCAGAAGUUUGGAGGAUCCAGGAUUUCGGGGCAUGUCGAGUCUCUAUGGUCUUCGACUUAUUGGGAACGAGUUGGUGAACAUUACGAGAACCGCACUCGCCGAGUUGCCUGCACUUCAAAUACUCAAUCUUGCCAGGAACAAGAUUGAGAUGGUAGAGAGUGGAGCAUUUUCGACGAAUCACGCGCUACAGGCGAUAAGGCUUGACGCCAAUAUGCUUCAGGAUAUCAGCGGCAUCUUCGCCAGUGCACCUGGACUAUUGUGGCUGAACGUGUCCGAUAAUCUUAUCGAUGAUUUUCAGUAUUAUUAUUUACCUGAAAAAAUUCAAUGGUUGGAUAUACAUAAGAAUUCCAUAACGGAUCUUGGUGUGGCUCCAAAAGUAUUGCGUCUGCAGAGUUUGGAUGUAUCUUUUAACAGACUCACGCGUCUUCAGAAUAAACUUAUACCGGACUCUGUGGAAUUACUCUUUGUUAACGAUAAUAUGAUACAUACUGUGGAACCGCAAACAUUUGUUGGUAAAGAAAAUCUUACGAGAGUUGAUCUCUAUGCUAAUCAGAUAAUUGGUAUGGAGUUAUCGGCUUUACAGUUAUCUCAGGUACCUACCGAUAAGGCACUACCGGAAUUUUAUAUCGGAGGUAAUCCAUUUAGUUGCGACUGUACCAUGGAGUGGCUGCAGAGGAUUAACACACUAGCACUGAGGCAACAUCCUAAAGUUAUGGAUUUGGCGUCGGUCUAUUGUCGUUUACCUUACGAUAGACAUAGAGCAUUUGCACCUUUGCUGGAGGCGAAGUCUUCGCAGUUUCUUUGUACUUACAAAGCUCAUUGCUUCGCUCUGUGCCAUUGCUGUGACUUUGACGCGUGCGAUUGCGAGAUGACGUGUCCGACAAAUUGCACCUGUUACCACGACCAGUCCUGGUCAGCCAACGUGGUAGAUUGCUCCCGAGCUGGAUACACGAGUCUGCCUGGAAGACUGCCGAUGGACGCUACCGAAGUAUAUCUCGACGGAAAUGAUUUCGGUGAACUGACUUCUCACGCCUUCAUCGGCAGGAAGAAUCUCGAAGUUCUUUACGCCAACGACAGCAACAUUCUGGCUGUUCAUAAUCACACGUUCAGCGGGCUGCGGCGUCUCUCCGUAUUGCAUCUCGAGAAUAACAAGAUCUCCACGCUGAAGGGUUCCGAGUUCACGGCAUUGGAAAGCCUGAAGGAACUCUACCUGCAGAACAACCUUCUAGUGUAUAUUGACAACGGGACUUUCCUCACUCUGAGGCGCCUUGAGGUUCUGCGUCUAGAGGGCAAUCGACUGACUACCUUCGCGGUAUGGCAACUUGCCCAGAAUCCCUACCUAGUGGACAUAGGCCUAGCCGCUAAUCCAUGGAGCUGCGAAUGCUCCUACUUGGCCCGAUUCCGCGAGUGGGUGUCCGUUCACCAGGCCAAGGUAGCGGACUUGGCCCGAAUAUCCUGUGCCCUGGGACCUCCUUUAAGCUUUUCCGGAAAUGGCUCGUUAAUAAAUUGUGCAGCUCUUACCGGAGCUACUGCUGCCGUGGAAACUCGUCCACUUCAAGGUUACAUACCGUUACUCCUUGCCACGGUAGCAUUAUUCUUCACUCUGGUCGGUCUCCUCUGUGGCGCCCUGCGACAUCGCCGAGCUCUACGCGUAUGGGCAGCAAGCCGUUGUGGUCUGAGGGCCUGCUACAAGACUGCCGCCUUUGAAGAUCGUGAGAAGCCCUUUGACGCUUACAUCAGUUACUCAGCCGUGGACGAGGGUUUCGUUUCGAGACUCCUGGUUCCUGGACUGGAAUCCUCGUAUCGUCUGUGUCUCCAUUAUCGUGAUUUGGGCGCUGGUUCCAGUGUUGCUGACGCCGUGGCAGAGGCUGCCGACUCCUCGAGGCGCACCAUCCUCGUCUUGUCCAGGAACUUCCUUCACGGCGAGUGGGCGCGUUUCGAGUUCAAAAGUGCUCUAAGGGAUGCUCUUAGGGGUAAAGGUCGUGCGGUCAUAUUACUUCUGGUGGGUGGUGUGGGACCCAGGGAUCUCGACGCGGACCUCAGGAAACGCGUGUCCUCGCAUACUGUUCUUGUUUGGGGCGACAAGCUCUUCUGGCAGAAGCUCAGAUACGCGAUGCCUGAUGCACCGCCUGUUCCUGUAUUAGAAAGGCCACUGCCGCUGCCACCGCCGCCACCUCCACCGCAACAUUUAUGGGCGUAGAAUUGUCCAGGAUGCGCUUUUGAUUCUCUGGAAUUCUACGGUGUUUACAACUGGGAGCACCAAAAAUACCGAACAGACUGAAGAGAAGAAUUCCGGAUCGAAACGCGACUAUCCUUUUUCCAUUUUUUAAAAUCUACUUAUCUCUCAUCAUUCUGGCAAUUUCGUAUUCUCGAAAUUUGUGAUUAGCUUCCCUGUUUAGCGUCUGCGCACAAGCGUCGAAACUGCGUAGGCUGAGAAGUGUAUAAUAAUAAAAGCAUCGCGAAGUAGUAAAAAAAAAGUCGCAACGAUACGAAAAAAAAAAAAAAAAAAAUUCGAGACAAACGCAAAGAAACAA